AUGGAAGCGGAUUCUGAUCCUAAGCCUGAUGUAAAAGGUAACGAUCUGGUUCAUCCGGAGCCCUUCGUCCUUCUAAAAAAGGCUUUUCCGCGCUCUAAAAAGUCUUGCGAUCUAGAUAAAUUGAAUCAACCACGAGUCGUUUUUAGACGGGCCGAACGCCAAGCGCUUGAGUCCAACGACAGUUAUUUGAUUUCUGCAUCUAAAAAUGUUCCUAUCAGUGUUUUGUGUGCUGCCAAGUCGCCUGUGCCACUUGAGCAGACCUUAAUCGCUGGAUCUGCUGCCACGCCAGAUUUUAACUAUAGCCAAGUAAUUGCCUCUAUACCCAACGCUAUUCCUUCUGAUCAGGCCGCGCAAUGUCGGGUAGUCGAAUUACCAGAUUCUACAAUUGAGACUGUACCUAAAAGGCGUCGACUCGCUUCGAUUACUGUGAAUCAUCUAAAUUUCACUUCAUCAUCUUCUCCACCUCCUGUUGUUAUUUCUUCAUCUCAUACUGUCAAAAAUCUUAUCAAUGCAUCCACCUCAGCUGCAAAUACGAGGCGUAGGCAAGAAAAAGAUGCUUCUCUUCUGUCUCCGGCUAAACGAGUUAGUUUGUCAUCUAUCCUCCUCAUUUAUGAGAAAAGCACUUAA